AUGGACAGCACGGUGAAGGGGCACUCCUCCUUACCCCAAGGUGUGGUCUCCUCUUCUGCGAGCUCCAGGUGGACAUCAGCCGAGACGCCGUACUCCUCCCUGAACGCAGCCAGCGCAGCCAGAGUAUCCACUAGGAAGAGGAAUUUCCCCAUUUCUGGCCGGCUUGGUAUAGCCCGGUUGAGGGGUUUGGCACUGUGGUAUUUGUCUUUGAGUAAACUGGUCACAUUGCCUGGUGCAUCAGGUGCUUUCUUGCGGCUUCUACUUGACCAGUUUCUUUUUUCUCCUCUAUUCAUUGGACUUUUCCUAUCUACGCUGGUAACUCUUGAGGGGAGGCCGUCGCAAGUGGUGCCAAAGCUUCAACAAGAGUGGUUCUCUGCUGUCCUUGCAAAUUGGCAAUUGUGGAUACCUUUUCAAUUUCUCAACUUCCGAUUUGUACCACAGCAAUUUCAGGUCCUUGCUGCUAAUGUUAUUGCUUUGGUAUGGAAUGUAAUUCUCUCGUACAAAGCUCACAAAGAGGUGCUCCCAAAAUAGGUAUUAACUUGGCAUGGAAAUUAUGAGAUUUUGGAGAGGUUUAGGAUCAAGAAAGAGGGGGAACAAAGUCAUUGGAUCAUUCAAGUAUAGAGUGUUCUUGCAAUCUUUUAAUGCUGUGGAUUUAUUAGAUAAUUACUAGUGUUUCAAGCCGAGAUGUCUCUUUUCCAAUUAAACAAAGUUUUAGCACUCUGUUUGGAUUGUGGAGGUUAAAAAAGAAAACAGAUGAUUGUGGUAACGUAUUUAGGUGAGAAACAAGAAGAAAUUAUGGUGUUUUCUCACUAUCAUGUUUGGAUGAGUAAGAAAACAAAAUAUGUGUUGUAGGAAUGUGGGUGAUGGGCGAUCUUGGUAUUAUAAAAGUUACACAACCAAUCAGCUAAUUUCUUAUCAAA